AUGAAAGACGUAGUGUCACCUGUGCCACCAGAGGAGGUGCGGGCAGUUAUUCGAAAAUGUCUUGAGGAUGCAGCUCUUGUCAACUAUACACGGAUAUGUAACGAGGCGAAGAUCGAACAGCGAAUGGGAGUUGACGUGAGUCCACAGCAACGAAUCGAAGACAUGAUGCGAGUUACAGAGUACUGUAUCGAUCUACUGAGGGAAAACGAGGAGCAUCACGGGGAGGUAAGUAUUAGUAUUGCUUCUUUCGUCAACUUCUUUCCUCUCCAGCGCUCUAAGUGA